AUGGAGGACACUCGCACUGCAUUAAAUUUACUCAUUCCUCAUGACUACGUGUGUCGUAUCGACUUAAAAGAUGCCUUUUUCCUUGUCCCCAUUCACAAGGAUCACAGAAAAUACUUGAGGUUUAGUUACCAUGGGCAAUUAUAUCAAUUCCAAGCCCUCCCUUUCGGAUUGGCCACGGCCCCGUGGGUCUUCACAAAGAUUGUAAAGCCUGUGCUAGCUACCAUUAGACAUCAGGGCAUUAGAGUCGUGGCCUACUUGGACGAUUUUUUGGUUUUCGGAAGAUCCGAAGUAGGAUGCAGAAAGAGCUGCGAGAAGCUUAUUUCUUUACUCUUACACCUAGGCUUCGUCGUUAAUUGGAAGAAGAGCGAAUUAACACCAACACAGUCAAUCAAAUUUCUAGGAUUUAUUAUCGAUUCUGUCAAUUUCCAAAUCUCAUUACCCCCUGACAAGAGACACAGACUACAUACCUUUCUUCGUUCUCUAUCUACGUCAGACAAAAUAUGUAUGAAGGAUCUGAUGAAGCUCAUCGGCACCAUCGUAGCCGCCUGUCCAGCAGUAGCAUAUGGAUGGCUUUUCUACAAGACUCUAGAGAGGCUGAAGCAGAAGGCCCUAGCAAGAUUUGGCUUCAAUAAGCGUCUACUAAUAACCUUAUCUCCUCCGGCCAAAGAGGAACUACUUUGGUGGCAACAACAGGUCCUUGUGUCUAACAAUAAGAUUAGAAGUUUCCACUUUGAUGUUACCAUAUUUACGGACGCAUCAAAUACAGGUUGGGGAGCAGUUUGCGGCAGCGAGAGCGCACAUGGGUCUUGGUCCUCAUCCGAAAGGAAGAAGCACAUUAAUUGGCUGGAGAUCAAAGCCAUUUUCCUUGCAUUAAAAUGCUUCGCCAACGAGGUACAUGGUAAACAGAUCCUAUUAAGAGUGGAUAACACAACAGCUCUGGCUUACAUUAAUAAGAUGGGUGGUGCGAGACACGAGGAUCUACACCUACUAGCCAAGGAAAUAUGGCUCUGGUGCAUUUCCAGAAAAUGUUGGAUCUUCGCCGAGUAUAUUGCCUCAAAACAAAACCCAGCAGAUGAGGGUUCCAGGCUAAAUAAUCUAGACACGGAAUGGCAGCUUGCUGACUUUGCAUUUGAAGAAAUCUGUCAGACUUUCGGGACACCAGACAUCGACCUUUUUGCCUCACGGAUAAAUGCAAAAUGUCCAAAAUUUUGCUCUUGGGAAAGGGAUCCAGAAGCUUGGGCAAUUAAUGCCUUCACAAUCCCUUGGUCACCCAUUUAUUGGUACUCUUUCCCACCCUUUGCAAUUAUACACAAGGUCUUGAAGAAGGAAGCAGCAGCACCCGCUAUCGUCCUCUCUUACCCUGGUGGCAGGAGUUGUUUACGGCAGGCAUAUGUACGAAGAAACUUAGACGCCGAUACCAUUGAAUUGCUCAUAUCAUCGCUUGCUGAUAAUACCUGGAGACAAUAUGAUUCCGCCCUCAGGCUAUGGUGGACAUACUGUCAGUCACAGCAGAACGACCCCUUCGACACAGACGUCCAAGUGGUAUUAAGAUUCUUAUCCAAUAGAUACAAGGAAGGCGCUGCUUAUGGCACCUUAUCAUCCAUCAAGGCCGCAGUUACUCUCAUAAACCCUAGGGGUUGCCAAGACACUCACCUCAUCUCACGUUUUUUCAAGGGCGUCUACAGACAGAGACCAACAGCACCAAAAUAUGCUACUACAUGGGAUGUAGGUAUUGUGUUAAAGAAGCUUGAGGAGUGGUCCCCCACUGAAGACCUAGAACUACGUCUCCUUACCUGGAAGACGGUAAUGCUGUUAGCAUUAGGGUCGGCAUUCAGAGUACAAGCAUUAACACUCAUAAAGAUCGAGAACAUAAAGUUCUCAAACAAUAACAAGGUUGAAAUAAGAAUCCCGGACCUCAUCAAGACCUCCAGACCUGGCGCAAAUCAGCCCAUGGCCUCCUUUGACGUCUUCCAAAACAGUAACCUUUGUGUCUAUCGCACUAUCCGGCUUUAUCUUCAGAAGACGGCACCUAUCAGGGAGUCUGCUAGCCAAUUAUUUAUAUCCUACCAAACCCCGCAUAAGGCUGUAUCGAAAGACACAGUUAGCCGAUGGCUCAAAGCGGUGCUUAGAGAAGCUGGUAUACAGGAGGUUUUCACUGCACAUUCCACCCGUCACGCUUCGACUACCAGGGCUCAUCAGCAAGGACUUAAUAUCAAUGUAAUAAAGCAAGCAGCAGGAUGGUCAGAAAGCUCUAAGACAUUUUUUAGAUUUUAUAAUAGACCAAUCGAGAAGUCUAUCGGUAAUUUUUCUAAGACGGUUUUAGAUACCUAA